AUGGAGGAAGAUAAAAUAGCGGCUCUUCGAUCCAAGCUCAGAGAGGUUGAGGAUGAGCGACUGAAAGCUGCACAGUAUGGUUUACAACUAGUGGAGAGCCAAAAUGAGCUGCAGAACCAGCUGGAUAAGUGUCGUAAUGAAAUGAUGACCAUGACUGAGAAUUAUGAACAAGAAAAAUACACUCUUCAGAGAGAAGUUGAACUCAAGAGUCGGAUGUUAGAAAGUUUGAAUUCUGAAUGUGAAGCUAUAAAACACCAACAGAAAAUUCAUUUGGAACAAUUAGAAGAACAGCUGAACAGACGCCAUGGGCAGGAAGUGAAUGAGCUAAAAAACAAGUAUAGAGAAGAACAACUCGAACUUCUUAGUAAUAACUUAUUGCGGCAGGUAGACCGACUCUUACAAAUUGCCACAUUGCUACAGAUGAAAGGAUCUCAAACUGAAUUUGAGCAGCAGCAACGGUUGUUUGCCAUGUUGGAGCAGAAGAAUGGCGAAAUAAAGCAUCUAUUAGGGGAAAUUCGAAAUCUAGAGAAAUUUAAGAAUAUAGAAGUGCCUAUACUAAAAAAGAGACGUGAGGUACUGCCUUUGGAUAUAAACACUGCUACAGAAGAAUGUGCCAACAAGGCCGUGGAGGAAGACGUUUAUAACUUACCAACUCAAGGAGAGGAAGCACAGUCCUAUCCUAACAAUUUAGAAGAUCACGUGCAGUUAGAGAAAACAGUUUCUGCAAACACACCAGAAGGCAGUCUUUCUCCACACAAAAGUCUGUCAAUUGAUGAGCAACGAGUGGUGGAAAAGAAACGUGUGAAGCUCGUGGACAUUCCAGUUGACUCCGAAGCUUUAAGUGGAAGAAGUGGAAACUGCCUGAACUCUCCCAGGUUAACUGCAGAAUCAAAGCCUCAAGCAGAAGUUAAAGAAGGGAAAGGAACUGCAAGCAAAUUGAAAAAGGAAACUUGUAAGAAAUCCCACCCUAUUCUAUACGUGUCGUCCAAAUCAACUCCAGAGACCCAGUGCCCUCAGCAGUAA